CUUGUUAACGCACCCCCGUCUUUUUCGCUACGUCCUGCCAUUAGCAUGAACAUCCGCUAAUAGACAGUGUCGGAUAUUCUUCAUUCACAUAUGGAGAGGAGGGUGUCCUAUUGGUCACUAUGGCUAAUCAGAGACAAUCACUUCAGGCUGAGAAUGUAUGGCCCGCCUGGAUCCAUGAGACAUACAAUGGCUUCGCUGAGGACUUACGCGACUCGAGUGACUCUGGCAUGUAGAAUGUUAUCUACGACUGCCGGGUCAAAUAAGGUAUGCCCCAUUUGGCGGCGAGCGACAGUGUUCCGGCUGCCCCCAUUCCACACGGCGGCCAAGCAACCGCCAGGGAGCGAUAGGGAAUCAACCGAAGGGUAUAUCUAGCAGUCGAUAAUCUCUAGGGCCAUUUCUCUGGUGACUUCACAUCAUUGAUUUGAGUUCCUCUGAGCUAGAAGUUUCCCAUCAGCUUCUUCCUCUUGACACAUCCAAAUUAUAUACGGAGUAUUAUCGAUCCGUUCAGAACCACCAAGCAUGACGUUACUCGCUAAGCCACCAUCCCUAGCUUGCCUGCUGGUACUGGCCCUCCUGAUUUUUGCAUCUAUCAGCCUCUCGUACCCUAUUUUGGAGACAUCCAGACCUGGGCCGUUGCAUGCGCGCAGUCCAGAUCCAGUGCGUCACACAAACACUCUCCAUCAGCUUUAAAGAGACUCACUGACUGUUCAGUAGAGAAUGGUGCCUGGCACCAGCAACCUAGUCGAUGACAUCUUCAAAAGCAUGGGGAUGGAUAAUCUGGCCAAGCUCAACCACUGGAAGGAUGAACAAAAAUUUGAUGAGGGGGAUAGCACUGCGACUGCCAACGAACCGCAGAACAACAAUAUUGUAUACUCAGAUAGCCACGGCAAAAAGCAAACAAACGAAAGCGAGCUGUCAAAUCCAGCAGACGACCCCUCUGCUUUUGUGAGCGAUUUGUUCACCUUGUUGGCAAGUAGGUUUAAGGAAGCAGUGCACAGCAGCGAUGAGCACACUUUGUCCUAGGGGUAGACUUGGUUUGUAGCGUGGAGGUGACUUGCUGUGAGUGAGUAUGCUUGGUUUGUCUUGAUCUAUUGUCUCUCUCAUGUCUUUCCUUCUACGUCUCGAAGCUGUUCUCCUUUUUACGGUCCCCUUUUCUCUGUGUUUUGAUUAUAUGUUGGGUCGAG